UAUUUUUAUUUAAAUGUAGUCUUAUAGAUAAAUUCUUGCAGCCAAUGUAUAACUUUAUUUUUUAUCUAUAUAUUUAGAAAAAAUAAUAAAAAUUUACGAUUUUUUAUUUAAAAUAUUAACCACUUUUCUUUCUAUUUUGUAAAGGAAACAAAUAGUUUUCUACUAGGUUUUUAGUUUAUCUCUUGAUUUUUUUUUCCUAUAUUGUGGUCCCAUAAAAGGUGUCAAUUAUAUCAAGCAAACGAUUAUAAAAGUUUUACACCCGAAAUCGCCAAUCACAUUUACUCUCAUUUUAUAAUAAUUUCUCCAUCAUCUUCCUUCCUCUAUCACCUUAUAGAACCUUCACAUGUCAUAAUACUCCCUAUAUUUACAGCAAUCUAUAGCCUCUUUUCUCAAAAAAAGAAAGAAUCAGUUGCUUCUUGUUUCUUCAUUACUCUUAUAUAUCAAUUGCUUCAUUCAUAUACAUAUUACAUAUAAAUAUGAGAAGACAUUCCUGUUGUUAUAAGCAAAAGCUUAGAAAAGGACUUUGGUCUCCUGAAGAAGAUAAGAAACUUCUCAAUUACAUAACUAGACAUGGUCAUGGCUGUUGGAGUUCUGUCCCCAAACUCGCAGGUUUACAGAGAUGUGGAAAGAGUUGUAGGCUUAGGUGGAUAAAUUAUUUGAGACCAGACUUAAAGAGGGGAGCAUUCUCCCAAGACGAAGAGAGCUUGAUUAUUGAGCUCCAUGCUGCGUUAGGGAACAGAUGGUCUCAGAUUGCAACUAGGUUACCAGGAAGAACAGACAACGAGAUCAAAAACUUUUGGAACUCAUGUCUUAAGAAGAAGCUGAGAAUAAAAGGCAUUGACCCAACAACACAUAAACCCUUAGUAAGCGACCUUCAAACUCUUAACGUCAUAGAUCAGAAGCUGACGUCAUCAACUAUUUCAGAAGUAUCAAAGUCAACGGGUUUGAUAACAAACAACCAUGAUCAGUCGAUGGUCAUCUCAUCGCAACUAGGUCCGUGUUGGUUCCCGGAGAUCAAGACGGCGGCUAAUCAAAACGUUGCGUUUUGCUUCAGUUCAAGUACUACUACACCAACAGUUUUAGACCAGAUGACUUCAAACUUCAACCCUGUUCCAAACAAUUGGGAGCUCAACUACUGCAGAAACACAGUUCCAUCUCAGAGAAACAGUAUUUAUAAUGCUUUCUUUGGUAAUCAUUUCACAGGAGCUAGUCAAAUCAUGAAUAAUAAUAAUAAUCAUGUACUGGAUCUUCAUUAUCAUCAAGACAUGAAGUCAUGGCCAUCAGAGAUUCUUCAUUACACAGAACAUAACCAAAGCUCAGAAACUGGUUUAAAAGCAGAGGUGAAGCCAGACAUUGCCAAGUACUACUUGGGAUCAUCAUCAUCAUCAUCGUCAUCACUAAACGAAAGCGCUGCGAGAUUACUGCAUAAUGCUGAGGUUGAUUUGUACGGUACAAACCUUCAGAAGCUUAAUAACAUGGCGUUUCAUCAGAGCCUUUAGAUUAUUAACAUGUGCUAGAGAGUGUCUAAAUAGUUUUUUUUUUUUUUUCAUUUUCUAUCCGCGUUCACGGACCGGAGUUUAUUUGCUUUUGGCUGUGUAAAUUUUCUCCUCAUGUAUUUUUUCGCGUGCUUAGAUGUAGUUAAUUUUUCAUCUUCUUCCUUGUCAUGAGUUUGAUCUUAAUAGAGUGUCACGUUAAUUUUUUUAUAUAUCUUUACUUGAGAAA